AGUUUUUAUAAUAAUAAAAUGGGAGGUCUUGCUACAGCUAUUGAAAAAAUGAACACCCCGAUAAUCAACCUAGAGAAGUCUGUCCUGGCAAAAACCAAGAAGCAAGAGAUAACCACAUUUCAGAGCAUCCUCUAUAAGAUUCAUCCAGAUGGAGAAGUUGUGCUAUUUGACACAGACUUCGAAGAAGUUUCAGCAUACAAUCAACUUUACACUGAGUUGGACGACAUCAGAGAUGUCAAAUUUUUGAAAAGUUUGAAGUGUCUUAAGGUUUUUGAUAUAAAUUGCUUUUCUUUGUAUAGGUUUGCUUCUAAAAAUAGGCGUUUUGUAAAUUUCUUACAAUCCUCAUUCUCAAAUAAAAUUAAGGAUCUCGGUUUUUGAUCCAGUGGCCAAAGGGAUUUGAAAAGGUCCAACUACUUAAACUCCCUGACCGGACUCAGCUCCAGAGUCGUUCGAAAAGUUGACUUUAGACAUUUCAGAAUCGGCCUGCCCCAACUCAAGAGGCUGGUGGCAGCUUUCAGACAUGUGAGAACUUUGGGAUUGACAUAUUGCAGGCUAUCUAUCCCAAGUGUUCCUGAUUUGUUAAAGGCUCUGAAGAAUUGCCAAAUCCAGGAAAUAGUUUUAGAAGGAUCAGGAAAAUCGGAUAUAAGUGACUGGGAGAACAACUUUGAAGAGUUCAAGAACUUGGUACAAGGGUUAGCAAGCUCUCCAGAUUUAAGAUUGAGUCUUGUAAAAUAA